AUAAUAAUUAAAAUAAAUAAAUAAAUAAAAAUAGAGGAUGGUGGUAUCACUUUGAUUUUUGACGCCGUCCAUAGAAAAAGAAUGGCCUGAUCCACGGCAUAUUCUUUUAUUUACGAUCGCCACCGCUUCUAUCUCUCAAGGAACUCAUACUGCUUUAUACAAAACUCAUCAGAUUUCAACACAUAUAUUCGCCCUUUUUUAACGAUUUGUUCUUCGUAAUUCUUCUUCAAUCAUCUCCAGAUGGCGACUUUAAUCUCUGACACUGCACCAUGGAAGGACCUGAAGGCACAUGUUGCGGACAUUAACAAGACGCAUUUACGUGAUUUGAUGUCUGACAAUGACCGAUGCAAGUCAAUGAUGCUAGAAUUUGAUGACAUAUUUCUGGAUUAUUCACGACAAUGUGCCACUCUUGAUACAAUGUCUAAGCUCUUUAAACUUGCUGAGGCAGCACAUCUCAAAGAAAAGAUCACUAGUAUGUUCAAUGGGGAGCAUAUAAACAGCACAGAAAACAGGUCUGUGCUUCAUGUAGCUCUUCGUGCAUCAAAGGACACAACUAUAAACAGUGAUGGAAAAAAUGUUGUGCCUGAUGUUUGGCAAGUUCUUGACAAAAUUAAAGAGUUUUCUGAUAAAGUUCGCAAUGGUUCUUGGGUUGGAGCCACAGGGAAACCACUUACAAAUGUGAUUGCUAUUGGUAUUGGUGGAAGCUUUCUUGGUCCAUUGUUUGUGCACACUGCUCUUCAAACUGAUCCAGAGGCUAGUAAAUCAGCUGGAGGACGCCAACUUCGCUUUCUUGCAAAUGUUGAUCCAGUAGAUGUUGCCAGAAAUAUUACAGGCUUGGAUCCCGAGACAACUUUAGUUGUUGUAGUUUCCAAGACUUUUACUACAGCUGAGACUAUGCUUAAUGCAAGGACAUUAAGGGAAUGGAUCUCAUCUUCUUUAGGGCCACAAGCUGUUUCAAAACAUAUGGUUGCUGUUAGCACAAAUCUUAAGCUUGUGGAGAAAUUUGGGAUUGAUCCUAAUAAUGCUUUUGCAUUCUGGGAUUGGGUAGGAGGGAGAUACAGUGUUUGCAGUGCUGUUGGAGUGUUACCUUUAUCUCUCCAAUACGGUUUUCCAGUUGUUGAAAAAUUUCUCAAAGGUGCUAGAAGCAUUGAUCAGCAAUUUCAAUCUGCUCCUUUUGAGAAAAACAUACCUGUGCUUCUAGGUUUGUUGAGUGUAUGGAACGUUUCUUUUCUUGGAUAUCCUGCAAGAGCUAUUCUACCCUACACUCAAGCUCUCGAGAAGCUUGCUCCACACAUUCAACAGGUUAGUAUGGAGAGUAAUGGGAAAGGAGUAUCCAUAGAUGGUGUAAGCCUUCCUUUUGAAGCUGGUGAAAUUGAUUUUGGUGAGCCAGGAACAAAUGGUCAACAUAGUUUUUAUCAACUAAUUCAUCAGGGGCGUGUUAUUCCUUGUGACUUCAUUGGUAUUGUCAAGAGUCAGCAACCUGUCUACCUUAGAGAUGAAGUGGUAAAUAACCAUGAUGAACUCAUGUCAAACUUUUUUGCACAACCUGAUGCUCUUGCUUAUGGAAAGACCCCUGAACAAUUGCGAAGUGAGAAUGUUGCAUCUCAUCUUGUUCCUCACAAGACAUUUACUGGGAAUAGGCCCUCCCUUAGCCUUCUGCUUCCAUCAUUGGAUGCUUAUAGAAUUGGACAGUUGCUAGCUAUGUAUGAGCACAGAAUUGCUGUGGAAGGUUUCAUUUGGGGCAUCAAUUCUUUUGAUCAAUGGGGAGUCGAAUUAGGAAAGUCGCUUGCAUCCCAAGUGAGAAAGCAACUUCAUGCAUCCCGUAAGAAAGGAGAAUCAGUCGAGGGCUUCAAUUUCAGUACCACCAAAAUGCUAACAAAAUACCUCAAGGCAAGUGCAGAUGUGCCUUCAGAACCCACUACUCUUCUGCCCAAGAUAUAAACUUU